AAGCAGGUGAAAACUUGAAUCUCGCUUCGUGAGGUGAAAGAGGAGCGACUCCAAAGGAACGAACCCCUCCUCCUCUUCCCGCCAUCUUCAAGGGAUUGAAGCAACGACAGAAGAGUGAGAGUGAGAUAUGGUACAGUUCCAUGAACACAUAAUCUCAGACCUUCUCGAAGACUCGAAUGGAGGUCUAGUCAUUCUCUCAUCCGGCCUCGCUCUCCACAAACUCAUCGCCUCUCUCCUCCUCCUCCACUCCCCAUCUCAAGGGACUCUUCUCAUCCUCUCCGCAUCCCCUUCUCAGAAGUCCUCCAUCACCCAAUCCCUUCAAUCCCUCCAAAACCCUAAUCCCAACCCCGAUCUUCCCACCGAGAUCACAUCCGACCUCUCCGCCCAACUCCGCCACUCCCUCUACUCCUCCGGCUCCAUCUUCUUCAUCACCUCCCGGAUUCUUAUCGUCGAUCUCCUCAACUCCAAAGUCCCCACCUCCAACCUUGCCGGUCUCAUCAUCCUCAACGCCCACAACCUCUCCGAGACCUGCACAGAGGCCUUUAUUGUUCGUAUUUUCCGCUCCCUCAAUCGCACCGCCUAUGUUCGUGCCUUCUCUGAUAAGCCCCACGCCAUGGUCUCCGGCUUCUCCAAGGCCGAACGGAUCAUGAAGUGCUUGUUCGUCAGGAGGUUGCAUCUCUGGCCGAGGUUUCAGGUCUAUGUAUCUCAGGACUUGGAGAGAGACCCUCCCACGGUUGUGGAUAUUAGGGUUCAGCUGUCGCCCCUCAUGAAUGGAAUUCAGAAGGCGGUAAUUGAGGUUAUGGAUGCCUGCUUGAAGGAGAUGCAGAAGACGAAUAAGGUUGAUGUUGAGGAUUUGACGGUGGAGAAAGGGUUGUUUAAGUCGUUCGACGAGAUCGUGAGGCGGCAACUGGAUCCAAUUUGGCAUACGUUGGGAAUGAAGACGAAGCAGCUAGUUUGGGAUUUGAAGACUUUAAGGAAAUUGGUGGAUUAUCUUGUCAGGUACGACGCAGUGGCUUUUUUGAAGUAUUUGGAUACUCUCAGAGUGUCAGAGGGUGUUCGGUCUGUUUGGAUUUUUGCGGAUUCAAGCCAUAAGAUAUUUGAAUUCGCGAAGAAACGGGUUUAUCAGGUGGUGCGAUCGGAUGGUGUAAACCUGGCUGGGGAGUCUAAGAGUGUCGCGAGCAAGAGGAGGAAAGUGAAGGGGGAUGCAAGUAAUGAAAAAAAUGCUAAUGGGGAUUCUGCUGGCACGAGUGCGAAUUCUGGCAUUGUGCUUGAGGAAAUUUUGGAGGAAGCACCAAAGUGGAAGGUGUUACGUGAGGUAUUGGAAGAGAUAGCAGAAGAAAGACAAAAUCAAGCUCUGUCAAGGGAAGGAGAACUUAUGGUUGAAGGAGUAGAGGAUAGCAGCCUUGUUUUGGUAGCUUGCAAAGAUGAACGGUCAUGCAUGCAGCUUGAAGAUUACAUAAUGAAGGGCCCACAGCCGGUCAAUAUUCCAUCUAAUAUCUUAUGUCACAAGGUCAUGCGAGAAGAGUGGGAAAAGUACCUGUGGAGCAAAGUUGAUCUGCAUGGCUUACAAACACAUAAUAGAAAGAAAUAUAAGGAACCUAAAAGUUUUGGUGUAUUUGAUGGAAAAUUUAAGGAACCUAAAGGUUUUGGCAUUCUGAAUGGAGUGCUUCCAAGUACACAUGGGCAGAAUGCAGAAACUGCCAGUAUCAGCAAGCUGGAGCGUGAUGCCUUAUUGGCAGCAGCAUCGGGGUUAAGUAAUCCAGUAGCAGAAAAUAUUUCUAUUGGAGAUAAUCCUCCUCCUACUCCUGGUGUUGGAGGAUGUGGAAAGGGAAAAGUGAAGAGAAGGGGCAAAAAAGCUCUAGUAAAUGCUAAGAGUUCAGGAUGUGAAGACGAUGUUAAGAAAAGAGAGAAAACCAAUAGAUCUGAAACAUGUAUAUCUGACAAUGAAGGCAAAAGUGGUGAAAAUGACCCAGUAGAAGUGGAUGAUUUCAAUAAAGGUGAAGAUGGAACUCUAUAUAUACAAAAAGGGUUUCUCCGGAAGCACAAUCAAGGGGUUGAUGCUAAAGGCUUGACUCAUGCUAAGCCACUCCCACCAGUUCAUUUUCAUGCCCUAGAAAGUGAGCAGCAUAAUAUACUUGAUGAUCUGAAGCCUUCUGUAAUUGUUGUUUACCAUCCAGACAUGGCUUUUGUUAGGGAAAUUGAAAUUUAUAAAGCAGAAAAUCCAUUAGCCAGAUUGAAAGUUUAUUUUCUUUUCUAUGAAGACUCUACUGAAGUACAAAAGUUUGAGGCAAGUAUUAGAAGGGAAAAUGGAGCUUUUGAAUCUUUGAUAAGGCAGAAGUCACUAAUGAUUAUUCCUGUUGAUCAGGAUGGUCGAUGUCUUGGAUUGACUAGCUCCUAUGAGGCACAAUCUCUUGCUUCACAAAACUCAGUAACUAGAAAGGCAGGUGGAAGGAAGGAAGUGGAGAAAGAUAUGCAGGUUAUAGUGGACAUGAGGGAGUUUGCAAGCAGCCUUCCAAAUGUUCUCCACCAGAGGGGCAUGCGCAUUAUACCAGUGACCUUGGAAGUUGGAGACUAUGUCCUUUCACCAUUAAUUUGUGUGGAGAGAAAGAGUCUCCAAGAUCUUUUUCAGAGUUUUUCGUCAGGUCGCCUGUAUCACCAGGUGGAAACAAUGGUCCGCUACUAUCGCAUACCUGUGCUUCUAAUUGAGUUUUCACAAGACAAAAGCUUCUCCUUUCAGUCUGCAAGUGAGAUUGGUGAUGAUGUUUCACCAACUAACAUAAUAUCUAAGUUGUCAUUGCUUGCUUUGCAUUUUCCCCGCCUGCGCAUUAUCUGGUCCCGCAGCUUACACGCCACAGCUGAGAUUUUUGCUUCACUAAAGGCAAAUCAGGAUGAGCCUGAUGAGAGCAAGGCAAUGAGAGUUGGUGUCCCCACGGACGAUGGCAUUGUGGAAAAUGAUGUGAGAGCUGAAACUUACAACACCUCUGCUGUGGAGUUCUUGAGGCGGUUCCCAGGGGUGACAGAUUCCAACUACAGGGCUAUUAUGGAUGGGUGUAAUAGUUUGGCAGAACUUGCCCUGCUUCCUGUUGAGAAAUUAGCCGAACUAAUGGGUGGUCAGAAAGCUGCUCGGACGCUGAGGGAUUUCCUUGAUGCCAAGUAUCCAUCCAUGUUGUGAGUUUAAAAAGUUCAACUAACUUGUACGCAGUCUCCAAGCGAAUCUAAUUAUUGUUACUUUGUUACUUACAAGCCUCGACGUCUUUGACGAGUGACCACACACUCUAAAGUCAAAACCAUGAAGUGUGGAGUGUUUCAUCUCACCAUGGCCCUCCAAAUUUUUCCAUGACUUGUAAUUUAGAUUUUUCUUGUGUGAUUGUAGGGAAUUAAAUUUUUUUUUCAUUAGUUGAUUGUAAUCUGCAUAUAGGGAACUAAAUUUUAUUGCUUAUAGACUAGUGCCCUACCUAUUGUACAAAAGGUUGUUUAUGUGAAAAAAAUAAUGUGGGAAAUGUUACAAAAUUCAACAUUAGU